GCUUGGCUACACCUGACACCCGUUUCAGUGUUUGACUAGCUACAUGUGCAGGAGUUGCUCCCGGAGAGGUGGAGGCUGUAGCAGCAGUUUUGGCUUUAACUCCAGGGAUGGAGGAGGUGGAGGCUGUAGCAGCAGUUUUGGCUUUAACUCCAGGGAUGGAGGAGGUGGAGGCUGUAGCAGCAGUGCAUUUAACUCCAGGGGUGGAGGAGGUGGAGGCUGUAGCAGCAGUUUUGGCUUUAACUCCAGGGAUGGAGGAGGUGGAGGCUGUAGCAGCAGUUUUGGCUUUAACUCCAGGGGUGGAGGAGGUGGAGGCUGUAGCAGCAGUGCAUUUAACUCCAGGGGUGGAGGAGGUGGAGGCUGUAGCAGCAGUUUUGCCUUUAACUCCAGGGAUGAAGGAGGUGGAGGCUUUAGCAGCAAAGCCUUUAACUCCAGGGGUGGAGGAGGUGGAGGCUGUAGCAGCAGUUUUGCCUUUAACUCCAGGGAUGGAGGAGGUGGAGGCUGUAGCAGCAGUUUUGCCUUUAACUCCAGGGAUGGAGGAGGUGGAGGCUGUAGCAGCAGUUUUGCCUUUAACUCCAGGGAUGGAGGAGGUGGAGGCUUUAGCAGCAAUGCCUUUAACUCCAGGGAUGGAGGAGGUGGAGGCUAUAGCAGCAGUUUUGCCUUUAACUCCAGGGAUGGAGGAGGUGGAGGCUGUAGCACAAGCAGAAGAGGUGGAACAUUUCUUUACUUUUUAA